AUUUGUAUACGAAAUGAUACGAGAUAAGUGCAAAUGUUUACCUACGACCGAUUAAACUUGUGACUGUUAAAGGUGUAUUAAAAUUAAAGACCAAGAUGUUACUUCUCAUGAUAUCUGAUAAGAAAUUGUCAAUUAUAUUAACUGCCUUGUGGUGAUAUGAUGUUCGUGUUCAGUAUAUUCCUAUUGUUUACCUUGGUGACAGCUCAACCAAAUACGCAUGACUUAGAUCUCGCAUCAGUUGUGAAAAACUUGCAAGAUGAUCUACACCGCUUGAAAAUACAGGUUGAGAACUUGGAAGAAAGUCACAAAACGUGUGUCUCAACGUUGAAAUCUUUUGGACUUGUACACAGAAAACGAUUGUUGCUACCAGAAAAUGACCAAUCGGACCAUGUAGCCUUUUCUGCGCAUAUCUCAUCCGGAUUUACAGCUGCUAGCUUAGGGAAAGGCCAUGAGGUUGUUUAUGAUGUAAGCGACACCAACGUCGGAAACGGAUAUGACAAUGUUACAGGAACAUUCCGUGCACCAUCAGCCGGUGUGUAUGGCUUUACGUGGACAAUUUGUGCUGACAAUCAUGGUGAAAUACAAGUUGAGCUGGUUAUUAAUGGACGUCAACGUGGGGUUAAUCAUGUUGAUUCGGAAAUUAGCAACGAUCUCGAUUGUUCAACCGCCUUUGUCAUCGAAAAGGUAAAUAUGGGUGAUUUUGUCUUUAUUCGGUCGACAGUUGCAGGCGAAGGACUAUUUAUGAGCGACGGUAGAGCUCGAUGGGCAUUUUCCGGUUGGAAAUUAUUUUGAAUUGGUACCUAAUUGAAUGAUUUGAG